CACUCUCAGAUUUAUCUUAAACUCUGGUCUGGUGGGUGACUUUGAACACACAGAGAAACAGAGUAAUUUAGCUUUGCUUGAAAGAGAUAGAGAUGGAGAUGGAAAUGAAAGAAUCAAAAUUCAAUAGAAUUUGUGUGUUUUGUGGGAGUAGUCCUGGAAAGAAAAGCAGUUAUAAAGAUGCUGCCAUCGAGCUUGGCAAAGAACUGGUUGCAAGAAACAUUGACCUGGUUUAUGGAGGAGGAAGUAUUGGCCUAAUGGGUUUGAUUUCUCAAGCUGUUUAUGAUGGUGGGCGCCAUGUCAUUGGAGUUAUUCCCAAGACACUUAUGCCACGAGAGAUAACUGGAGAAACAGUUGGGGAAGUGAAGCAAGUGGCGGAUAUGCACCAAAGAAAGGCCGAAAUGGCUAGACAAUCUGAUGCUUUUAUCGCUUUACCUGGUGGCUAUGGAACUCUUGAAGAGCUGCUUGAAGUCAUAACUUGGGCUCAGCUGGGCAUCCAUGACAAACCGGUGGGAUUGCUGAAUGUGGAUGGCUACUACAAUUCAUUGUUGUCAUUUAUUGAUAAAGCAGUGGAGGAAGGCUUCAUUAGUCCCAGUGCUCGCCAUAUCAUUGUAUCAGCUCCUAAUGCAAAAGAUUUAAUGAAGAAAAUGGAGGAAUAUUUUCCACGCCAUGAGAGAGUUGCUUCAAAGCUAAGCUGGGAGAUGGAACAAUUAGGCUACACUCCACAAUGUGAUAUAUCCAGGUGAGGAGAAGAUGGCCAGAGCUCAUGUAGACAAUAUUUGCAGUGCACUAAUUUUAGGUGACCAACAAAACAAGAAGGCUCCUGAUGAAAUGGGAAUUGCCUUUUUUUUUUCUUUUUCUUGGUGUAAACUACAAAAAUUUAACCUCGGAAUUUGAAGCUCCAUUUGGUUGCCAAGAAGAAGAAGAUGAUAAAAAGACAAAUGGGUUAGCUAAAUGGUAUUCCAUUAUUUUUCUUUAUGCUCUUCGCAAUGGCUGAGAGCUCAAGUUCAGAAUUGAAAAAUGGUCAAUUUUAGAAUAUCAUGAGUUUAAGGCAAUUUCUUAA